CUCCUUUCAACAUACCGACCAUUUUGCAGUUUGUGUCAUGUCAUAUUUCUUACCUCAUUUGACCAACGGCUGGCAAGUCGAUCAAGCCAUUCUUUCAGAAGAAGAUCGUGUUGUCGUGAUCCGAUUUGGCCACGAUUGGGAUCCUACAUGCAUGAAAAUGGAUGAAAUCCUGUAUAGUAUCGCUGAGAAAGUAAAGAACUUUGCCGUCAUCUAUCUGGUGGAUAUCACUGAAGUGCCUGAUUUCAACAAGAUGUACGAAUUGUAUGAUCCAUGUACAACCAUGUUUUUCUUCCGAAACAAACACAUCAUGGUUGAUUUGGGAACGGGUAACAAUAACAAAAUCAACUGGGCAUUGGAUGACAAGCGGGAAAUGAUCGAUUUAGUUGAGAUCGUCUAUCGUGGUGCCCGAAAGGGUCGUGGUUUGGUCGUAUCUCUCAAGGAUUAUUCGACAAAGUACAAAUAUUAGCGAAGGAAACGGAGGAAAAACGAACAUUACUUUGUCUCUGUCCCUCUCUCUCUCUUUCUCUUUGUGGGUUGUGUGUUUUGUUAUUACAUUUCGUUGACAGCAUCCCAGCACGUAAACAUCAUUUACAUGCUUACUGCACGUCUUGGGAGCACAAUCAAAGAAGAGGUACAACGCUUUUUUUUCAAUCUAUAAAGCAAUAAAAUCAUGUGUUUAUCUCAACUCGAAA